AUGCCGAUGCAAGAAAUGCUGCUGAUCAUCUCCUUGGUGGCCGCCAUCGCCACGUUUUCAGACCAACAGGGUGACCCCAUUGCUGAGAAAAGAGGACUGUUUGUGUGUGUCCUCCUUGGCCAGGUGCGUCAAUCGUCGCGGUGCACGGUGGUGGUGGUGGUGAGUCACGACCCGGCCUUCCUCGCUGCCUUCGCCGAGUGGUCCUUGAGGGGGCGGCUGCUGGUGUGGUCCAGCAGGCUGGUGGUGGUGACCCGCCUGACUCUCCCGCAGCUCCGAGCUCUACUUCCCGCCCACUGGACCUUCGCCAUGAUGAACGCCGUCUUUCUCAACGAGGAAGAUUCACGUUCAGAUAUCAGUUUUUAUGGCGCGAAGGUGAAAAUAACGGCGCAGCCGUUCAUGCCGUUCUGGGGCGAAGUGCAAAGUGAGGAGCCCGACGGCUCCUCGGUCACCAGGUUCAAAGGAUCGGACUACCAGCUGCUAUCGGCAGUGGCCUCCGCCCUCAACUUCACCAUCCAAGUCUUGCCCACCAAAUCCUGGGCGGAGGUGAGUCGGCUAAACUGUGUCACGUAUUUAGGGCAUAAAUCAUGGCGACUCGUUGACGCUAAUGAGUCCCAUUAUCUCCCUCAGGCGACGGAGCUGGUAGAGCAGCGGCUGUCCUUCAUAUGUCCAGUUUAUCAUGUUUUAUUGAGCUUGAGAGCGAAGAAAUUCGACUAUACAUGCGUAUACGAAUAUGCAUACCAAUCCUUCGCCAUGGCCAAGCCCGGGCAGGAGCCGCAGUGGCAGAGCCUGUACUACCCGCUGGCCCACCAGGUGUGGCUGGCCAUGCUGACCGCCCUGCUUGGCUUUCCUCUUGUGUACAAGGCGUACAUCAAUAUUUUUAUAAAUGUUGGAGGAGGAAGCAAAUACCGACACUAUUUACUUCAGGUAAUUUGUGUUCGUCUCCCCGGGCACGUCCGAGGCGUCGGGAUGGUGUUUGAGGACAUGGUGAGGAUCUUCCUGGGCCAGAACCUUCCUUACCAGCUGCCGGGCACCUCCUCCAGCCGCGUGCUGGUGUCCACGUGGCUGGUGUUCGCCUUAAUAUUCGGCACGGCCUACCGCGGUAACUUAACCGCCUACCUCACCCUGCCGCAAUACCCCGCCCGCCCCGAGACCCUGCCGCAGCUCGUGGACGCCGUACAAAGGCUGACGAUCCCUUCCUACGGCACUUCGUUCCUUGACUUCUACCGCCAGUCAGACUUCCCGCUCUUCAAGAUGCUGGGCAGCCUCCUGCACGUGGGGACUUCCGUCAUGGAGGGUCUUCAGGAGGCGACCGAGAAAAAGUACUUAAUUAUGCUUGACUUUCUCGUAUUAAAAACUUCCACCUUGAAAAACGUACUUGGUAAUGAUUCAGUAACUGCUCUUCGUAUUAAUUCAUUAGUCUUUCAUUUAUUACUUAUCUUUUUAUGUUGGUAUUUUUUCAAGACGUUCCCGUACUGCUUCAGCGUUACAGACAUUGUACUACAUUUCCAUCGCAGGCAAGCACACCUGGGCGGCCGUCGGUACCUACAGCAGGUGAUCGCCGAGGCCUUUACUGAGGCGGACGGCACCACGCGGCUUUACCUCGGGAGGGAGUCUAUUUUUCCGGGUCCCUCAGGCUGGCCCAUCCCUCACGACGCUCCGUACAAGGCACAGCUGGACCGGUGGAUCAUGGCCGCUAUCGAGGCUGGUCUGUACGAGAAAUGGGUAGCUGACACCAUAAUGGAAACCAGGACAAGGAGCAAGAGGCGGGGGAGGGAGAGGGAGCAGGACAGUGCCGAGGCCGUGGAGGGCGAGAGCAAGAGUGGUCCCAAGGCUCUCACCAUGACCCACAUGCAGGGCGCCUUCCUCGUCCUCGUAAUGGGCUUCCUCCUCGCCGCCGUGACCCUCGUCGGAGAGACCCUUCAUGCCACUCUCUCCCGCCGACCUCAGACCGUCAAAGAAAAGCACUAGUAAAUAGGAUGAAUACACGAAGCAGGUUGCUCCGGAAGUGACCAUACCCAGAUCAUACCCGUAUCCCGAACAAAGACAUUAAUUUACAAGUUUAGUGGAAAUUUGUUAUAUAUUUAAGGUUAACACGGAGAUUUUCAAUAAAUCAU